AUGAACCAAUCAUUCAGGCCCAAUAUCCUUCUCAUCUUCUUCAUAACCAUUAUUCCAAAAUCAACAUUUCAACAACAAAUUUGUACGGACCAAGACUACGAAUUCACAUAUACCAAUUGCGAUGAACAUGGAGAGCGAUGGAGGGUUGCAGUACCACGUGACGGGGUUCAAUGUGCAAAUUUACCGACGCCAAAGAGAGGAUUGAAUUGCUCAUUCUCCUGUGAACCGGGUCAUUACCUCGACUUGGACAGUCAACACUGUCGUCCGUGCAACCCUGGAUACUUCAGUUUGGGUGGUGGAAUUCGUUACGAGGAGUUUGUGACACUUCCAAGUGGAUUCUCAGUAGAUAACAUGGAUUCUACACAAGAUACUCAGUAUUCGAGUCAACAAAGUCGAAUGGUUGAGUGCCCUAAAGAAGCCGGUUGGGUGGUCAAGGACGGAGAAUUGAUCUAUAUUCCGACUCCAUGUGUUUCUAGAUUGUCAUUUUCAGCAAAUUUGGUCCGACCCGGAUCUGUGGAGUUUACUUAUCGAAUGCCCCGAAACAAUCGUGCUCUCUCCAUGCAAGUGGACAUCCGAAACGAGCAAUGUCAAUCCUACAACGAUAUAGCAAGGUCCAUGUUCCAAAAAUACGCCAAAAAAGAGAAGGAUGAGGAGGAGAGAAAUGGUGACUGGCGGAAAAGACGAAUUGAAUUGAAAUCUGGACCAAAUGUGAUCUCAUGGAUCAUCCAGAACAAUCUAGGAUACCAAGCAUCCAAUCAACCGAUUCAUAUCGAUCGGAUUGAUGUUCUAGGAUUGGCAUUUACAAGACAAUGCACCGCCUGUCCACCUGGCACCAGUUCCAUCGGCGCCUCUGCUGAAUGUAUUCCUUGUAAUCCCGGAUAUUUCUCAUCGAAAGGAUCCGCACAAUGUGGGCGGUGCCCGGAAUCUCAAUAUUCCGGAUUCAAGUCCGAGAAAUGCAUUGACAGACCUCCUUGCCGUGUAUCAGACUACUAUCCUGUCCGUGAGCCAUGUACUAAUGGAUCCAGUAGAGCGGUUUAUAAAAAAGUGUUGCCUUCGAUAUGUCGGGAUGAUUUGGAUUCGGCCACUAAGCUUCCGCCACCGACGCCUUGGAAACCGUGUCCGAAGUGUAAUCCUGGAAUGGAGAAGAAUAAAUUGGGAGUGUGCGAGUUUUGUAAGAAAGACUACUUUUCCGAUGGAAAUUCUUGCGCCCGUUGUCCAGUGGAUACCGUACCCAACUACGGUCUACAGUACCAGAAUUGGGAAGUGAUGCCACCAAAAUUGACGACAAGAUGUGAAUAUAUUUCUGAAGAUGUCUCCACAACCUGCAACAUUGGCGAUGCAUGGCUUCCAUCAGGCGAUUCCCUAAUCUCCGCCCCCUCCCUAGAGCUCGGAAUUGCUUUUGAACUAAUUCUCUCUAUCGAUGAAGGCUUCUGGAACCCUCUCGCCCCGAAACCCUCCAAAACCAUGAAAGUCCCCGUUGCUCAAAUUACUGUAGUCUUCGAAACCUCGUGUGCCGAUGAGUCCUGCGCUCUCUACUUCAUCGAAGACAUGUCCGCUGGCACUAAGGGAGCUCGUGAAUCAUUUUAUCACUUUUUGGCGGCUUUUAAUGGAACUAACAGUAAACGAGUGUGGAGUCAUACUGUUACCAAAAACACGCCAGCUAGAUUUAUGCUGGCAUUUUUGAGAUCUGGAGUUUCAAGUGGGGAGGAUCGGAUAACUGAUGAGGCGAGAGUAUACGCGAUCAAUGUGACAAAUGUGGGACAUCGAGGCGGACAAGGGGGCGGAGCCUCACAGUGUUUGACAUGUCCACAUACUGCUGGAGGAGAGACUUGUGUUCCGUGUCCUGCUGGAAAUUAUAUGCAUCAAGUCACCAAGUUAUGUGUAUCCUGUCCGGUGAACACUAUUGUCAACGCGUCGAGUAGCAGAGUUGGAGUGGAAAGUUGUAUUCCUUGUGGUCAGGGAUUGACAUCGAAUGAUGGUGUUAGUUGUACGUCGCAGGGAAAGAUUCAAUUGAAAGGGAUGAGCAAUGAGUCAUUUACCUACGAUUUCUCGCCGUUUGUUGGGAGAUCCUGGAACAUCUCUGGAGUCCGCGUUUUCUCUCGAGAAGGCUCCGCCUACUUCCACUUCUUCACUAUUUCCCUGUUCCCUCCAAAUAUCAAGUGUCAAGAGCAAUUUGAUAAUUUCGAUAUGAUUGGAAUAAUGGAUCAAGAGAAAGAGAAUGUCGAAGGAUUGGCGUGUCGAAUGACAGCGCUUCCGACACCAACAUCGAAUCAUUCGAAGAAUGCAUAUGUGACACCGUUGUUGAUGGCUACGCGGUUGGAUUCCAUUAGUACUAGUAGAAAACAUGGAAAUUCUAGUUUGACGGAUGAAGUGUUGGAGUAUGACUCCCACGACAACACUUCGCGCCCACUGGACGUUUUCUUCUGGUUCGAUCCCGUUCCAACCAUCUCCCAAGCGUGUCCAAAUGGAAAUCAAUUAGUAGUGGUUGGAAGAUGUCUUCCAACGAAAAAACAAAUCGAAAUGCGUCUUCCACACAGUUGUCCCGAUGGAACUUGUGAUGGUUGUCUGUUUGUAGUGAUUAUGGAAACUGCAGAAGCGUGUCCAGUUUGUGAGAGCAAUGAUUAUGAAACGAUCAAUGGAGAGUGCAAAAAUGGAAAACAAACGAUUCAUAGUAUUCCGAAAAAACACUGCGUUAUCACUGGCGCCGCUUCACAAACCAAGGAAGUGGCGUGUAGCUUAUUCAGUGCAACUCAACGAGCAUUCCUCACUAUCCUUGUGAUUUCAAUGAUUGCUCUUUCCAUUGCAUUCAUUUGUAUUUGUCGUCGAAAUCGAAGAUUGGAGUAUAAGUAUACGAGGUUGAUUGAGUCUCAUACUGGAGAGUUGCCAGCUGUGGAGACGUGUGGAUUGGAUGAGGACGAUGAGGAUGAGGAUGAGCUCCAGGAUCGUGUAAUCUUCUCAAAAGGCCGUCGUUCCCAACCAACCAACUCCCGAACUACACUUCGUGAUCAUCGUGAAAACGAUAAUGCCGCAUUCAUCUCACUGGAUAGUGAAGACUAA